UUUUCCCUGAAAGAAGGUAGUUUAGUUUAGGUUGCGUAUAAUAAAGUAUGUUUUGGAUUAGUUAACAGAAGAGGAGUAAGAAACGUGUGCCACGAUUUCCUCGCUAUCAUUUAUAUAUGCAGGCAAACUGAAGAAGAGUCUCAGAUUUGAUUCAAACAUUCACAUCUUUCAAUUGAAUUCACCUUCAAAAUCCAAAGAGAAUAGUGAAGAAAGAAUGAUGGAGGUGAUCUUGAUGCCAUUUCACAGCCAAGGUCAUAUGAACACCAUGCUCCAAUUCGCCAAGCGUUUAGUUUGGAAAGGCGCAGGCACCAUACAUGUGACUGUCGCCACCACCCUUUCCACCACCCAAAAAAUGUCCAAUAAUAACUUGGAAUUCAUAUCAAUUGAGAGCAUCUACAACGACACCGUCAACCAAGAUCGUCUCAGCAACUUCAAAGCCCGUAUGGAUGAAUUCGAGGCUGAAGCCUCACUCCAAUUAAGCCGCCUAAUCAGUAUCAGCAGCAGCAGAUCAAAGAAAUGUCUGCUGGUUUACGACGCCAGUAUGCCGUGGGCGCUGGAUAUAGCUAAAGAGCAUAACAUACUGGCAGCAGCAUUCUUUACUCAGGCCUGUGGUUUUAUGGCCUCUGUUUACCCCUUGUUCAUACAGGAGUAUCCUCUUAUUGCUGCUGCUGCUGCUCAUAAUCAUGGACAUUCUAAUUAUCCUCCUUUGUUGUUGGACCAAACAGUUCUCCCUUCAACAGAUGAUCUCGAACGAGGUUUGCUCAACAUUCUAAAUCUAUUCUCAAAACCUGAUCAACCUGCUGCUUCUACUGAUACUGCUAAGAAGCCGAUUAACCCUGUCAUAAAGAUGGCCAUUUCCACUAUGAACAACCUUCAUCUUGCUGACUACGUCCUCUUCAACUCCUUUUAUCACCUUGAGGAUCAGGUUGUCAAUUGGAUGCAAAAUAUGUGGAAUGUGAGGACUAUUGGACCUACAAUUCCAUCUGCAUACCUAGACAGGCGUGUCAAGGAUGAUACUGACUAUGGUUUUAAACUCUACAAGCCAAACAACGAAGCUUGCAUGAACUGGCUAAACGCGAAACAAACUGCAUCAGUUGUGUAUGUUUCAUUUGGCAGCGCAGCUGUUUUGAAUGCAGAGCAGAUGACAGAAGUAGCAGAGGCCUUAAAGAAAAUCCGAAGCAGUUUCUUGUGGAUAGUAAGGGAAAAUGAACAGAAAAAGCUCCCAAAAGAUUUCAUUACAGAAACAUCAGAUAGAGGUUUGGUUAUGUCUUGGUGCUCCCAAUUGGAUGUCUUAGCACACGAAGCAGUGGGAUGUUUCAUAACUCAUUGUGGUUGGAAUUCGACAAUUGAGGCAUUGAGCUUUGGGGUUCCGAUGUUGGGAAUGCCACAGUUUAUGGACCAACACAUUGAUGCUCAUUUUGUUGAUCAGGUUUGGGGUGUUGGAAUUAGACCUAAUGAAAACGAGGAAAAGUUGGUUACUCACGAGGAAAUCAAGCGUUGCCUUGAGGAAAUUAUGCAUGGACAACGAUCAGAGAAGGUUAAGGAGAAUGUAGCAAAGUGGAAAGCCUUGGCUAAGGAAGCACUCAGUCAAGGAGGCAGUUCGGAUAAGCAUAUUGAGGAAAUCAUCAACCGACUUACAUCCUCCUAACUUCUAAGGGUUGUUAUAUUUUAAUUAAUAUUUUCGAUCGUAAGUGUCGGUCUCUGAUUUUAUUUAGCUUGAUUUGUGAGAACAUUCAAAAAUUGUAGACUUAAUUCAAGGUCCAUUCAAGGAUCUUAUGGUCUUAUGGCCUUGUCAACUUUUUUAAAAAAAAAAACUUAUUAUUGGACAUGAUCA